AUGGCAAGGGCAAGGUCGUCGGCGAGUCGUGCCUCUAAGAGAGGAUCCAGGAGGGUCAUAUCUGGUCGUGUCGGGAGGCCGAGGAGGGGAAGAGGUGAGAAGCAAAUCCCAUCCAAUAGUCCCAGCACGGUUACUGCUGGCGGUUCCGCUUCACCUAGCAAUGCAGAAUCGGAUCUUAGCAUGCCGGACGUUACAGGCACUACCCUUGGACAGCCUCCGGCGUGGGCAGAGUGGCGCCCUGCAUUGUGUGAUGCCAUUCCUUGGUUUCGUGCCCAGCAAGGCGGCAUGUACCGCCACGGAGGCAUCUGUCUUGGGUUUCUGAUAGAUGCAGAUGGCGGAGAUCGGUCGUAUGUAGACGAGGAAACAGUCAUUACUAGAGUGGGUGGAGGCCACUGUAGGGAUUCCCAGGGAAACCUCGUUGCCACAAAGGACCAGGACGACGCUGGGUUUUUGAAGUCUCUUAUAAACAGUAUGAACUUGAAGGUUGCUGUGGGCUUGGUUAUCGGGAGUGGCUGUGAGGCCCUCCUCGGAAGAAAGCUCCCACAUCGAUAUAACGUCAUGGCGUAUUUCCGCGUCGCUGACUACUGGCACGAGAAAGUAAACGGAAAGACGGUUGCAAAGGUUCGUUUCGAGAAGCUGGACCUUUCCGAGAAGAGCUGGUGGGCAGCAGAGGAUUCGCCUCCGCCGGUCCCUGUCCACCAGCGGGAUUUCACCAGACGGCCGCAGAUUUUCCAAUGCCAGCAGUGUUUAAAGCCUAGCAAGCGUGUCUACAAUGAAUGCUGGAUAUGCCUGAAUCCAGGCUGCCCGCACUUUUGGGACAGAGGCCCUAUUGCUAUCCCGGAUGAUCUUACCUUCCACCCGGACUUCCUGAGCUGCCGUCUGCAGCCAGACCCGGAGAUCGAGCCGCAACACAGCCUCGUCCCAAACCUGCUGGCCACCUUUGACGAAGGAGAUACGGAAUCCAGCUUCCUCAGAAUCGCGUGGAAAGGGAUUGUGUGCCCCCUUUGCCUCAAAUGUAUACAGCGGAAGUACUGGAGAGGCUGGAAGUGCGCCGAUAACCCUAACAGAGACAUCAAAGACUGCCCAUUCGAACACAUAGUAGAGAUACGUCCAAUUUCCUUGCGCGCAGUCAUCGAUGACUUUGGACUAGGGACAAUCAAGCGGGCCAUCAGUUUCGAAGAAAGGUAUGAUAAGCCAGCGCUUAUUGAUGACCGGCUAUUUCAGCCAUAUAGAAUAUUCGUUUAUGACCUGCCCGGCUUCGGUUCUAUUACGCACCUGGUGUCGAAUAUAAACAUCAACAGCCGCCCGGGGGGACCGAAUGAUCUAUUCAGGCAGCUUCAGACUCUGGACCUCGGAUUGCGUCGCUAUCCUUUGGGACAAAGUGUCGUUGCUGGAAUGCUCACGGCCCAAUUCGUGGGCACGCCGUACAAAUAUAUCGUGUCCGUUGACUCCCGUGCCUUCAGCGAUGCCCCGGACGAGAUCAUGCGCAUCCUUGGCCGUCUCACCUGGGCCACAGAGAGGGUUGUUGGCCUCACCGGUGAUCAAGUGUUACUUCCAAACGAGCUCCUCGCUAUGGGCUACUUGGAUGGGAUGAAGAUCUCGUACCACGAUGAUGGUGAAGAAUCCCUGGGCCCUACUAUCGCCAGUUUAUCCCUCGGGGCCAAGGCAGAUAUGAAGUUCCGCAUGAAGGCUAAAUAUUAUCAUGGAUACACUAAGAGCAAAAACAAUCUUUUGGCCGACGACCCCGUUCUCCCAAACUGCCACAACGAAGAGCACCGCAGAUCACUGAAGGCUGAUUUCGAGGCUGGAAAGAUAGACCAGGAAAAGUACAAUGAAGAACGCAGAAAGCUUCCAAUCAGUAAGAGUAGGGAGGCAUCCGCGAUGAUCAAGCUGGAAUUGAAUCAUGGAGAUAUAGUCGUCAUGCAUGGCGAGAACUUGCAGAAGUACUACGAGCAUGCGGUGGUCCCAGAAGACAAGCUCCGGUUCGCGCUUACUGCUCGUUAUAUCAAGCCGGAAUAUAUCGACGACAAGGAUCGCCACAAGGGAAUAUUCAGGCUCACGCCGGAGCAGAUAUACGAUGGCCAGUGAGGCGUGAAUGCCGGCUGCAUACACGCUUGCGCCUUGGGUUUGUCCAUCUUCUAUAUAAUUUGCUGAUCUGAUGCUUGGUCCCCUCUGCGUCCGUUUGAGGUGUCUCACGAA